CAUUUUUAAGUAUUUACUUUGCUCCAAGAAGUUUAGGUGCUUGAUUUAGGUACUUUACUCAUAUUUUCUCAUUUUAUCUUUAUCCAGAAUUGCCAGGUUAGGUACUGAUAUUAUCUCCAACCUACAGAUGAGGAAAUGAAGUUCAUAGAAGUUGUACUAGAUGCAGAAUGAGCAGCAGAUGAAGCUUGUAUAGAAACGCAAAUCUCUCUGACUCGAGAUUGUGCUCUAAGUUACAAUAAACACUGCAGUUACCCUCAAAGAGCUUAUGGUCUAAUUGAGAGGACAGAAAAUUCAUAAGAAAGAACCUGUAAAGAGCUGUGGUUAUGUGCUUAGGCUGUAGACCUGAAUUUGGAUCCCACAUCACACUCAUUUUUUGUGCGACUGAGCAAGUUAUUUCACUUUUCUGAAUAUCCAUUUUCUCGUCUGAAAAAAUUAGAGUACAUCCCUCAUAGAAUUGCCGGGAGGAUUAAAUUAGGUUACUCAUGUAAACAGUGUUUUAUACUUAAUAAGUGCUGUGAUUAUUACUACUUGUAUCUGUUGCCUGUAAUGACGACAGAGGGUGUAUUAUGUACUGAAGGCACCUUGCCCAAACUGGAGGAGAAAAAGCGUCCUACCGAGACAAGUGCAUUGUCGGUAGCAUGCCCCCGCUGGAUCCAGGACCAGGAGGAGGUCGUGGAAAGGAAGCAUUUCUAUCCGCAAAUGAGGCUCUGUCGGUGGUGAGCGACGACCAGUCCCUCUUUGACUCAGCAUACGGAGCGGCGGCCCAUCUCCCCAAGGCCGACAUGACUGCCUCGGGGAGUCCUGACUACGGGCAGCCCCACAAGAUCAACCCCCUCCCACCACAGCAGGAGUGGAUCAAUCAGCCAGUGAGGGUCAACGUCAAGCGGGAGUAUGACCACAUGAAUGGAUCCAGGGAGUCUCCGGUGGACUGCAGCGUGAGCAAAUGCAGCAAGCUGGUGGGUGGAGGCGAGUCCAACCCCAUGAACUACAACAGCUAUAUGGACGAGAAGAAUGGCCCCCCUCCUCCCAACAUGACCACCAAUGAGAGGAGAGUCAUCGUCCCUGCAGACCCUACACUGUGGACACAGGAGCAUGUGAGGCAGUGGCUGGAAUGGGCCAUAAAGGAGUACGGCUUGAUGGAGAUCGACACAUCCUUUUUCCAGAACAUGGAUGGCAAGGAACUGUGUAAAAUGAACAAGGAGGACUUCCUCCGCGCCACCACCCUCUACAACACGGAAGUGCUGUUGUCACACCUCAGUUACCUCAGGGAAAGUUCACUGCUGGCCUAUAAUACAACCUCCCACACAGACCAAUCCUCACGACUGAGCGUCAAAGAAGACCCUUCUUAUGACUCAGUCAGAAGAGGAGCAUGGGGCAAUAACAUGAAUUCUGGCCUCAACAAAAGUCCUCCCCUUGGAGGGGCACAAACGAUCAGUAAGAAUACAGAGCAACGGCCCCAGCCAGAUCCAUAUCAGAUCCUGGGCCCGACCAGCAGUCGCCUAGCCAACCCUGGAAGUGGGCAGAUCCAGCUGUGGCAAUUCCUCCUGGAGCUGCUCUCCGACAGUGCCAACGCCAGCUGUAUCACCUGGGAGGGGACCAACGGGGAGUUCAAAAUGACGGACCCCGAUGAGGUGGCCAGGCGCUGGGGCGAGCGGAAAAGCAAGCCCAACAUGAAUUACGACAAGCUGAGCCGGGCCCUCCGAUAUUAUUAUGAUAAAAACAUUAUGACCAAAGUGCACGGCAAAAGAUAUGCCUACAAAUUUGACUUCCACGGCAUUGCCCAGGCUCUGCAGCCACAUCCAACCGAGUCGUCCAUGUACAAGUACCCUUCUGACAUCUCCUACAUGCCUUCCUACCAUGCCCACCAGCAGAAGGUGAACUUUGUCCCUCCCCAUCCAUCCUCCAUGCCUGUCACUUCCUCCAGCUUCUUUGGAGCCGCAUCACAAUACUGGACCUCCCCCACGGGGGGAAUCUACCCCAACCCCAACGUCCCCCGCCAUCCUAACACCCAUGUGCCUUCACACUUAGGCAGCUACUACUAGAAGCUUACUCAUCGGUGGCCUUCUAGCUGAAGCCCAUCCUGCACACUUACUGGAUGCUUUGGACUCUACAGGACAUAUGUGGCCUUGAAGAGAAGACAAAACUGGAUGUUCUUUCUUGUUGGAUAGAACCUUUGUAUUUGUUCCUUAAAAACAUUUUUUUUAAUGUUGGUAACUUUUGCUUCCUCUACCUGAACAAAGAGAUGGAUAAUUCCAUGGGCCAGUAUGCCAGUUUGAAUUCUCAGUCUCCUAGCAUCUUGUGAGUUGCUUAUUAAAAUUACUGGAAUGGUUAUGUCAUGGUUCUGAGAAAGAAGCUGUACAUUUUCUUUAUGUUUUUAUGACCAAAGCAGUUUCUUAUCAAUACACGGGUCUCAUUAGGGGUUCAGUACGCCACAGAAUCAUGGACUUAACCAGUCAUGUUCUGGUUUGAGAUUUAGUGAAAAUAGAGGUGGGAAGCUUAUAAUCUAAUUUUAGGAGGACCGAAUUCAGUGGAUGGCAACUGGAACAUUGAUUGUAAGGCCAGUGAAGUUUUCACCCAACUGGAAUUUGAUGGAAAGAAGGUGUGUGUGUUUAAGACGUCAAGGGCAUUGCAGAAUCCCCCUCAGUGGACAGUAUGCACUCAACUGACCACUCUUUCUAGAAAUAGUCAAGAUACGAACUAAGAAAUUUUAAUGCAAAUACAUACAUUCCUGAAAGAUGGGGAAUUAAAUAACUAUUUUUUUUUAAAUGAUGACAGUGGGUCCCAGAACUUGGAAAAGUUGUAGGGAUUUCUAAACUCAAACAGAUUCGCAAGCGCUGUGCGCUUGUCAGACCAUCCGACCAGGGUCAACCAAUCAGAAGGCAACUUACUGUAUAAAUUAUGCAGAGUUAUUUUCCUAUAUCUCACAGUAUUAAAAAUAAAUAAUUAAAAAUUAAGAAUAAAUAAACGAGUUGACCUCGGUCACAAAAGCAGUUUUACUAUCGAAUCAGUCGCUGUUAUUUUUUUUAAAUGUAAUUUGUACAUCUUUUAUCAAUCUGUACAUUUGGGCUGUUUGUACGUUUUUAUAGCUGGUUUUUAAAAAGCAUAAUAUGACUAUUGCUGAAAAGGAAACAGGGCUGUUUAAGUCACUGACUUAUGAGAAAGCAAAGCACUGGUACAGUUAUUUAACAGGCAUACACAAGCAAGGAAAGAUAAUCCAUUUAGAUCUUUAAUGCUUUGGAAAUGUGUGUAACAGUACUGCAAUAAUCACAGCUCUGGGAAAAACAACAAAACUUUCCCUUGUGCAGAGGAGGGAUUUUCCUGCUCUAUAUAUGCAACAUAUUUUUAGACAUUAAAAUAUAUAUAAUUUUGCAGGUAAUUGUUGACUUUUUUAACUAUAUGAAGUGUUAAGCUGACAACUGUCAAUGAAGACCAUGUUGUAAAAUAAUUUGACUAAAUAAAUGGUUCCUUCUCUCAGCGCUGAGGACAGUUUUCUUAUUUACCGCCCCCGUGAGGUCAAAGGGUUUUUUUCUGGGGAACUUUCGUAUUUACUUCCUGCACUAUCAAGAAUUUUUCAAAUGUACAUAGUGCAGUGCAGCAGAAG